AAAAUGAGUACGCACCGGCCCCGCCUACAGACCAUCGCCCAGCUUAUCCCGCCCCUCACCUACAACUUGCACAAGGGCGACUGUGGCCGAAUUGCUGCCAUAGGCGGGUGUGAGGAGUACACAGGUGCGCCCUACUUUGCCGCCUCCACCACCCUGCGCCUGGGUGCAGACCUCGCUUAUGUCGUAUGCGAGAAGGAUGCUGCGUCUGUCAUCAAGGCGUACUCGCCCGACCUGAUCGUCAACCCGUAUCUGCGCUCUGUUUCCAACACCGACCGGAGUCUGGAAGAUGUCGAUGAGAAGCUGAAGCCACUGCUGGCAAAAAUUCAUGCCGUAUCGGUGGGCUCUGGUCUGGGCAACGAUCCGAAUAUGAGGGAGAGCGUCAAGCGCGCUAUUAAGCAUGCCCGCUCGCUGUCGAUUCCGGUAGUCCUGGACGCUGACUCGCUGGCCAUCGUGGCCGACUCUCCUGAAAUCAUCCAUGGGUACAAGAACGCCAUACUUACACCCAACGCACCGGAGUUCAACCGCCUUGCCAAGGCCUUGGAUGUGGAUCCAAAUGGCAGCGACGCACCCGAAAUCGCUGCCCAGCUUGUUUCCAAUGCCCUUGGUGGAGUCACCGUGGUGCGCAAGGGCAAAUCCGAUAUAAUCAGCAACGGCGACCGUCUAUUUAUCUGCGAUGAGGUCGGCGGACUCAGGCGGUGCGGCGGCCAGGGCGACAUCCUCAGCGGCGCCAUUGCUACGUUCUUGGCUUGGGGCGAGCGGUACAAGGCCAACGCAUGGAAGCACACCGGCGAGAUUAAUGGAGACGAGAUCCCUAUGCUGGCGGCAUUUGCUGCAUGCACUAUCACCAGACACGCGUCGUUCUUAGCAUAUGAGGAGUGUGGGAGAGCGACCCAGUCAACCAGUGUUUUGGAGCAGGUCGACUUGGCAUUCGACAACAAGUUUGAGGAAAUUCUAAAGUCGGUAAAGGCACCCAAACUCUAAAUAUAUUGAACUUGUAAGCAUGUAGCAGC